AUGUCAGAGCACCAAUCCGAAGAAGUCCAGCAGAUCGAGAAGCUCUACGAGUUCAGUGAGCGGCUCAACGCCUCCAAGGACAAGUCUCAGAAUGUUGAGGAUUACGAGGGGAUUAUUAAGAUGUCGAAGACGAGUAUGAAGGCGAAGCAGCUUGCGUCGCAGCUGAUUCCUCGCUACUUCAAGUUCUUCCCUACUCUCUCCACUCAGGCUUUCGACGCGCAUAUUGACUGUAUCGAUUAUGGAGAACUUGGGGUACGCGUUCAGGCUAUCCGGGGGCUCCCACUGUUCUGCAAGGAUACUCCGGAUAUUAUAUCUAAGAUUGUUGAUGUUCUUGUGCAACUUCUAAAUACUGAGGAAACUGUGGAGCGUGAUGCUGUGCAUAAGGCUCUGAUGUCACUGAUACGACAGGAUCCAAAAGGUAGUCUAAUUUCCUUACAGUUGUUUUGUGUGUUUCCACUUAAAGGGGAACUUUUAAAGCCUCAAGAGGAAAUGGAGAGAUGUAUAACAGAUCUAAUUAAACAGAGCCUAGAAGAUGUAACUGGAGGAGAAUUUAAAAUGUUUAUGGAUUUCCUGACAAGUUUGAGUAUAUUUGGAGGGAAAGCUCCUCAAGAAAGAAUGCAAGAACUUGUGGAGAUUAUCGAAGGACAGGCUGAUUUGGAUGCACAGUUUGAUGUUUCAGAUACAGACCAUAUUGACAGGUUGAUAUCAUGUCUCCAAUUGGCUCUUCCCUUUUUUGCGAGAGGUGCUCCAACCAGCAGGUUUCUCAAUUAUUUGAACAAACAUAUCAUACCUGUUUUUGACAAGCUCCCAGAAGAGAGGAAGCUUGAUCUGCUCAAAGCUCUUGCUGAUAUUUCCCCAUACACAACUGCUCAGGAGGCAAGGCAGAUGCUUCCUUCAAUAGUUCAGCUUCUAAAGAAAUACAUGCCCGCCAGGAAGACUGGAGAGGAAAUGAACUUCACGUACGUGGAGUGUUUGUUGUACGCGUUCCAUCACCUUGCCCACAAGGUUCCAAAUGCAACAAACAGCUUGUGUGGGUAUAAGAUUGUGACCGGCCAGCCAUCGGACAGACUGGGUGAAGACUUCUCGGAAUUGAACAAGGACUUCACUGAGAGAUUGACCACCGUUGAAGAUCUAACUAAGACAACAAUGAAGAAAUUAACUCAGGGAAUGACUGAGCACAACAAAGCCAUGUCGGCUGCUAAGACAGAUGAAGAGAAGGCAACAGUUAAAACAAAGAAGCAGAAUACUACAACUGGACUUAGGACCUGUAAUAACAUAUUGGCGAUGACAAAGCCACUGCAUGCAAAGGUGCCUUCAUUUAUCGGAGAUACUAAUAUCAACCUUUCUUGGAAAGAAGCCACAAAGCCGUUACCCUCUGCAACAACAACAACCACAAUCGGAGCAAAACGGCCUGCUAAUAGCAACACUGGAAGUGGUAACAAUGUCGCAGCAAAGAGGGGACGUGGUUCGAGCGGUAUGCCAAACCAGCUUGUGAACAAGGCUUUUCAGGGAAUAUCAUCCCACGGUGGUGGUAGAGGAGGAAACCGAAGACGCGGAGGUGGUCGCGGGAGAGGACAAGGAAGAGGUCAUUGGUAA